AUAGUGUAAUAUUUUUUGCAAGCAUUUUCCGUGCGGAUUGUGUGCAUGUGUGUGUGUGUGUUCGUGAACGUGAAUCGCGGGGUGUGAUGACCCGUAGUGUCUAGUCGCGGAAUUGCGUUAUCUCAUCUCCUCCCGUCUCGGCGACUGCUGGCCAUCCGUAGAUUGUGCCGUAUCUUUGGUGGUUUGUUUGCUGGCUCCUGACGUUGGAUCGAAAAAGGAGGAAAGCGAAAAGCUAAUCGACGGCGGCACCCCUGUUGCAUUGGCUUUUCCAAAUUUUCCUGAUCCCCGUGGGCCCGGAGAGCGCCUUACGGAGCGCAAUCCAGGGAGAGAGAAUACGAUAUCUAUCAACACGGUGUUGUCCGAUAAGAGGCAGAAAGAUUUGCGGCCGCGAUAAGUCCCUGUUUGCGCUUUCGGUGACUGAAUUUUGCCAAAUAAAAAUAUUAAAACAAAAACAGCAAAGUAAAACCUCCUAGUUGUACCGGAAUAGGUUAGCUCACAAAGCCAUACCUUUUGCUAGCCGCGACCCUUCGCGUGAAAAUAAUCCAUCAAAGGCAGCCGCCUCCUUUGGUGUGUGGUGUGUUUUCGUGUUCGAGGCUGCCUGCGAGCGAUGUGUUGUGUUCGUCGUGGGUGUCGUUGAAAAAGGCGACGCUGGCUGUGGAGAUAAAACGAAAACCGGAAUCAGGGUUUUGAGCCCGGAAAGUGAAAGCAAACCGGAAGAAAGGUGGUGUGUAUGAAGUGUCCAUCUUAAACGCAAGAGAUAGCCGGAGAGAAAAAGAGCGUAGCGAUAUGAAUACAAAAGAUUGCACUAAAAGGGCCAAUUGAAAGGUAAUUCUUAAUCCGCGCGGGUUGGUACGCCGUUUGUCAGUCCUCCAGCCCCGAACGUCCAUCGCCCAAGCGAAAGCCAAAGCGAGAGAGGCCUCACGUUCCGGUUGCCAUAGUUCCCGGCGAAUCCCGGUGUUGAGAGUCGUCGGUUGCGCCGUCAUCAGAGUAGCUGUGGCAAAAGCGCAGCGAAAGGUCCCGGUUUUGCUCUCGGUUUGCCAAAGGGUUGCUGCGCCUCCGGAACCGGAAUCGACCAGCGAAAGGAGAAGAAAACGACAAGUGAAACAAAGCCUCCAACACCGCUCACCAUGACCGACAAAGUGGCCAAAUUCGAGAGGAUGGCGAUGACCAAGCCGGUCCCGAUGAAGCUGUUCGCCGCCUGGGAAGUGGACCGGACGCCAUCGAACUGCAUUCCAAGAUUAUGUUCGCUGAAGAUAACACGUCUCACACUGCUCAUGCCGCUGCCGUCAGAUCUCACAUCACUCUCCCUGGCGGUCCGGAUGCAAAGCUCAAAGCGGACGCUCCGCUCGCACGAAAUUCCGGUGCCACAGUCAAUUAGUACGGGGUACAGCAGUGGCGGCGCGGGCCUCGGAUCCAUCGGAGGGGCCCCCGGUGGCGGUUCGAUUGGCGUCGGCCUGACGGGCGGCACCGGCGGCAUCAUUGGAGGCGGUGGCGUUGGCCAGCUAAACUCUCCGCCGCUGCUGGAGACGGAGCUGGAUCUACACUUCAGCCUGCAGUAUCCGCACUUCAUCAAACGCGAUGGUAAUCGGCUGCUGAUUUUGCUGCAGCGUCGCAAGAAGUAUAAAACGCGCACCAUCCUUGGCUACAAGACGCUCGCCGAGGGCGUCAUUCGGAUGGAUGCGGUGCUGCAGAAGUCGAUGGACAUGACGGUGGAGCUGAACGGGUCGGGCAAAGCGGGACGGUCCGGGCAGACGAUCGCGACCCUGCGCGCCACCCAGGUGACCUCGAUCCCGGUCGAUCAGGACAACAAGAACAACAACAGCCUGCUGGUGACGGACCGCGUGAACGAGUACUCGGACGAGGACGAGGAGCAGGAGUUCAGCUCGGGCGACGAGAACGACGAAGGCCUGUCGGGGUACGCGGCCAAGCGCAACUACGCUGGCAAGCGCGACUCGUACAAGAAGUUCGAGUCGGGUGAGCAGGACGGCGAGCAGGACGACGGCAAUAUGCUGCCCUCGAACCAGGCCGACAGUGACAGCGACUUCGACAACAUGGGCAAGGAAAAGUCGCGAGGGAAGAUGAGUCGGCAACGAAACUUCAAACAACGCAUCAUUUCAUUGCUCAAGCGCUUCAAGGUGCCGGAAGAGCUGGAGGGUGAUGUGCCGGAGCGAGGACCGGCCCUGCGUGGUAAGCGCGACCUGGACGCACUCUUCCAGGAGCUGGAAUCGUUGUCCUGCGGCGAGGGUGAUGACUCCGGCCAGGACAUGGACAGUCUUUCCAUCGGCUCCACGCCGAAGCCAUCGCUGCGGCCAUUCUUUGAGAACUCGGGCAAGCCGGUGCUCACGCAGCAGCAUUCCUCGAUACAGCUCAGCUCGAUGCAAAAGGCGGCUGGUGGUAACAAAGAUUUUAUGCCAGAAAAGAAACCCAAUUUAGAGAAGCGUGACUCGCUCGCCGAAAAGAAAAGCAAUUCAAUAACAAUUGCCAAUAAUAUCAUUAAUAGUAUGAACGGCAACAGUAUUAAUAACAAUCAGACUAGCCAUUACAGUAACAUCCAAGACCGUUCGGGUGAGUGGAAGAACGAUAGCUCCGGCAAUGAGGGUGGUGCAGGCAACACGGACCCGGAAGCGCUCAGCUCCGAUCCACAGAACACCGGCAGCCCUCCGAAGGAGAAGGAGACCGCGGUGGAGAAGAAAAAUCGACUGUUCCGCACGACCAGCAGCACUCCGAACAGUGCCAAAAAGCAGAAGCAAACGCUCAGCUUCCAGAUGGACCCGCACCAGCAGCAGCUGCAGCAGCACCAGAUGCAACACCAGCAGCACCAGCAGAAACCGUCGCCGCUAGAAACGUGCCUAUCGCCGACGAACGUGGAGCCAAGGAAGUCCCUGCUCGAGCAGCUGCAACGGACGUUCACCACGGAGGAGUCACUGCUGCCGGAGGUGGUGACGGUAGUCGGGCCGCCCGAGGCCAGCACGGCAUCCCUAACGCCACGGCUCGCCUCGCUCAUAUCAUCCACGUUUCGGCCGACGUUUUUGCCCAACAACACGGCCGAGGUGAAAGCAAUAACACAGGCACUAAUGAACAAGAUUCAGAAAUAUUGUAACUCAACCGCCAAACCGCCGACCACCGUAAAGGUAGUUCUAGUCGGAGGUGACUGGCUGCAGGGGGCGGUAUUGCGGCAUUAUGUCGAGUUGCUGGGCAUUCGGCCACCCGACUGGGUGAACCAUAUCAAAUUUUACAUCGUUCCUUUGGGAUCAUGCGCGGUGGCACGGUACAUUGGCAUGAUUGACUCGACCUAUAUGAGCAUGUUUGGUACGGAGAACUGGCAGCAGAUGUGCGACCGUACGGCCAAUCUGGAAAGCGCACAAACAAAGAACGAGUCGGCGGAGAUCAUUAGCCGGAUACAGCGCUACCUGAUGUCCGGUGGACCUUGCACGCAAGUUCCUAUUGCUGAGGCCAUGGUUAACUACCGUGACGAAGACUCUUGUCAAAUCUUUGUACCAUUCGUCAGUGACGUAAGGAUCGGCUGUCUCGAAGGGCCCCAGGUGUCCCUUGAUCUCGAUGAAUCGCUCACCUACGUUUCGCAGAGCAGUGCCGAUCGGAUGCUGUCCAGUUCGCCACCGCAAAGCGGCCGCACAUCGCCUCCCUCGUCCCAGACACCGAUCGCGGUCGCGCAACUGCAACAGCAGCAGGCGCAACAGUCGUCCUCGACUUCCUCCGGUCAAACGCAGGAGUCGCUCGAGCUGCAGGUGGACUACUGGCCGCUGGCACGGCCUAUUUUUGAUCCCAAGGAAAAACCGCUCGGCAAGGGACAGGAUCCAUCCGGGAAGAACAGUAUUAAGAGUACUUUUCGCCAUCUACAGGUGUGGCGGCUACCACAAGCACCGUGCUACGGAGAGUUUCCGAACGGUUUGACGUUAAGUUUUGCCACCAAGGAAAAGAAGCAAAAAAUUAUGAGAUUAGGCAAGAAGAAGGAAAAAGAUCGAGAUGCAGAAAAAGAGCAGUGCGUCGAAGGGGUGGCCCGGUUAAUUUGCUCGCCAAAGCAGUCCCAUCCAGUUCCACUGAGAGUGUACAUCGACGGCACCGAAUGGACUGGGGUGAAGUUUUUCCAACUUUCGUCCCAAUGGCAGACACACAUUAAGAACUUCCCGAUCGCGCUCGUCGGUGCGCCGCUAGCAUCGGCGGAAAUGCUAACCUAGUCAGUUUCAUCCUCCGCUUUGACGGAGCUACAUCCACCUCCUACUCCUCAUUCUCCAUCGCCGUACGGUUGCUCGUCCACGCAGAAACAAGCACCACCCUUUGGCGUGCCGUUGCUGCCGAUUUGCUCAAUCAUCAGUAAACUGCCACCAUUGCCACGUUCCGCUGGCUGCGAUCCACCAGUGAAUCCCGCGCCAUUCCCACCAGCCACUAGCUCCGGGAGCGGGGGUAGCAGCCAUGGCCACAGUGGCACCACGUCUCGGCUUCUGCGACCACGUAGCUGGGCGGCCGUUAGCCGGUCGCGAGGUGAUUAAAUUGUCUAAAUCGAUCAAGCCUAGCCACAUCCAUUCACAUCCUAUGCACUGCAAUCUACGGACGGUGCUGCCAGUGAGGUUGCUGCAUUUCCUAGAUUAUGCGGAUGUUUGGCGGCUCAUUAGUGUGAUUUCGUUUGUGUUUUAUGGUGAAGUUUGCAUUUUGUGCAACUGUUCGUUUACAGCUUUUUUUUUGCAAUUAUCUAAAAAAGAAGACGUCAUUAGAGGACGCUUUUGCUCUACUCAUCUUUUCCCUACACGUAGAGAGUUAUUUUUAUUAGUCCUUGUUUUUUUUUGGAUUUGUGAUAACAUUAAUUUCGAAUGAGAUAUACACACUUCUUCACCUCACUCCCACUCCUCCCCUCUUCAUGGCUACAUCGUGCGAGUAUUGUAUCUACAGUUUCUGGAAAUGUGUGUAGACCUCGGAAAACUAGUCUGUAGGGCAGUCAAGCCAAGUAGUAAGUGUUAGCAAUGCAUCGAUGGAACAGGAAAAGGAUAUAAUUAAAUCCCGCUUCAAUAUCGAACCCCUUGUCGUAGGUUGCCUGAUCGCGCAAUAUUACGGCAUGCGACAAAAAAAAAAUCACUCUUACAAAUUGUGCGUUGCGAAAAUCGACAGUGAAACGGCAGAGACUGUGUCCGUGUUUACGAUGGGAUCUGGCUGUGUUUCCCUCGAACAAUGUCUGCAUUUCUUUGAAAUGAAGAGAUAAUCAAAACUAGUUAGUUUGUAUAGUUGACAAACUCAUACGCGUUAGCUGGCAUCAUCAACCCUCCUAUAGCAUAUUACCCAUGCGUGGCAGCAUCUUUAGGCCGACCAGUGGUAGUUUGAAUAAACCCGCAUCCCGGAGCCGGUAACCCCCAUCACAAGUAUUGCAGACAUUAGUAAUAUAGCAUGUUUGCAUCCCGCACGGGGGAUAAAAUAAUAAAUCGAUUACCGAAUGGGUAUGAAAUAUCCAGUCAUUUUUGAACAUUUUAUUUCUAUUAAGAGGCAGUGAGAUUCCGCAUUGUAACGGAUCCCUUCGGUAUAGAUACGAGUAGCAAUAAAUAAGAAAAAAAAACACAAAGCAACCGCUGGAUGCCCAUAGAAGGAGGACGGUAUUGUUUUUUAGAACCUUUACAGACUGCAAAAUUUGUCAUAGUUCGUCUUGUUUUAUUUAUUGUCAAAAAUAAUGAUAAAUAAGAUCUUAUAUUUGUAAAAAUGGAUAUGUGCGAAGCAACCAAAGCACAUUGCAUUAUGCUUAUUGUGUGCCGAAAGGGACACAAGGUGCCGAGGUCGCUGUGUAAUAUUGCAAUAAAGAAUGAAAACCGGGAGAGUAAAGGAAUGCAUACAGGAUGAAGGUCGGAUGUGGUAUAUACUAAGGUUGGAAUUGGCAGAAUUUUGCGCUAGCGUUGUAGAUAGUUGUGACGAACUGCAGUAGGCAGUGCCAUCAGGUAUGAACUGCAACAAGUAGACCGAAGAGUAUCUAGGUUGCUUGUUACCAUUCUUACCUAACAUCACAGCCAACUGUUGUUCGCAGCAAUUUGUGUUCAUUUUGUUUGGUUGCCACACCGUGUGCCAGCGUUAUUGGAGCAUCAUAUAUCACGCAUUAAAAAUACACCAACCGAGCGGAGAGUCCCUCUCCAGACAGUUUUACAUCGUAUAGUUGUAUACCCUGCGACGGAAAACCCCCGCUGACCGCUGUUGCCAUGCAGUAUUCGUGAUUAGCAAAACAAUUCACCAUAUCCCAGCAGCAAGCUCCCCGCCCUUUACCGUCUAGCGACACGGCGAUCAAUGUUGGUACGAGACCCACCGGCGCCGACCCCAUAUGCUCAUAAACAAAACAAAAAAUAAAUAAAAAUAAAAUAUGUUCGUUGUUUCAACAGACGCACGAACACUCAUUAAUCAAUUGAUAAACAAUAGCAUUGGUCUUGUGCUGGAUUAUGAAUGUCUAUUACCUAAACAGUUAUAGUCUCUAGCAACAUGCCCUCAAGCUCCCGAACAGUAGCCAGAAAUGGUGGUGACAUCGCAAAAAAAAAAAGAAUAAAUACAUUAUAAAAACGAUAUAGGAUAGAGAACAGGCUAAUCAAUUGUGAACAAUAAUUGGAGGUUCUUUACAGCGGAUUUGGAGCUUCAGUGGAGUGUAUAGUAUUUUAUAUGAUAUUAAGAAAAGCUGAAAUAAAAAUAAUAAAUCGAUUUAAAGCUGAAGGAAAAAGAAAAGCCGUAGAAGUCCUAGGACGAUACACAACAAAAAAAGUGGAAGGAAAGGGAUGGGAAGGCCGAAGGAAUAGUAGAGCGUAGCAGUAGCUCCAACUCUAGAUGGAGGAUAGAAAACAGUAAAGUUUGGAAAAUUGAUAUGAGAGAUUGAUUGAUUGAGGGAUUGAAUGACGAAUCUGAUGGAUCUGGAGGAAAGUGCAUGAAGACGAUCACUUCAUGGACAUGGAUUUCACGGAAAGGAUUCCCACUUACAAGCAUCUACACAUAUCCCAAAAAACGGUGGAGAAAAAGCACGAACGUUGCGAUGGACGCGCACUAUGGCGAGGCGAACCGAGGGUUUGUCGUUUAUAAUGGCUGUGGUUAAUUACCGGAAGAUUUAAAAAAGAAAACACACACACAUACACACAUACAUGGUUAGGCUGUAAGGAUUCGGUAUUUCAUCAUCGUUUCUGUCCCAAUGGGGCAGAAGCGCUAAGCCAUCAGCUCAUCAGCUACAACUUUUAUCAUGCGCAGGAAGUGUAGGAAAUUGUCCCCCUUCAAAUGCACUCAAGAGUAUAAGGAAAAGUAGGCCUCAAGAGUAGGAAAUAUCCUGUACACGUCCCGCGCGUCACUCGUAUCCAUAACGCAUAUUUCCGGAAAUGAAGGCUUCAAUGUUGUUGUCUACUUGUGUGUGCCGACUGUUUAGCGAGUUUUCUCCGCUCCGGGUAGCAUGGGGCACGCGCGCCUAUCUUUACUGUCAAUUGUUGAGGAUCGCAUAUUUAUUCUAGAGAAUCGGUCGGUUCCCUGAUCAACACGGGCUGUAUCAUUGAUCAGACUUACCGUAGCGUAGCUAAACGAUUGUAGCAUCCAACCCUUUACCUUAACAUCUAUUAGUACUAUUUUAGCUGAAUAAAAACUCAUACUAUACUACCCUAUCAGACAUACCGCUUUUCGCGGGGCAGCAAUUACGCGCGCUUCUAAGGUAGAAUUUUUCUCCGGCAUAUCGCUAUUGCGCGUGAAUUUAGGUUUAACAUUUAUCGAUCCUGGUACGAUUGUACAUUCAGUAGUGUGUAGCAGAACACUUUUUCGACCUUUUCCUAGUUGAAUAGUUUAUUUUUCGUCGUGCCGUUUUACCGGAGUGGAAAGCAAUUUGAAGCAAUUCGCUUGCGCUAGCUUUCUUCAAUUUCGGAUGUUUCCGUGCAGCAAUGGUUAAGCAAUGGAUGUCGUUAGGAUUUUUGUGUGUAGAUCUCACAUUGAGUGAUUUAUUCGAUCUUGUUUCUUUUUAUCCAUCACCUGAGCAUCAGUUUUCUAACCGAUGGCACGUACUCAUAAAAUGUCUCCGUUAUCGAUCGAUUGACUGUCCCAGCUCAUCAGCUAGGCCAUAUGCAUUUUUGUCCCUGUAAAUAUGAUUUUCUUGUCCAUCCUCCGCUCCUUUGCUACUCACUUUGCAUCACAACAUAAACAUUAGAACCAACUAAUUUACCAUUGCUUCAGUAGUUUGGCUGCAGUUAUUUUUUUAUCGAUCUCUUGUUUUCUUUUUUGGUUACCUAUCAAAAUAUGGCUAAGCAAACGAAAAAAAAGUGGAAAUCAACAUGGAAGGGCUACACGUAAACAUAUGAAUUACAUCGGUUAGUAAAUAAAUUAAAAAAAAAAACUGAGCAUACCAUACAACGGAACGGAAAACAAUAAACGCAAUAAAUGUCAAACUAAAGAAUUAAAAAACAAUAAAUAAAGGAAAACAAGAUGAGAAACAGAAAACACUGGCAGGGAACCGCAGUGAUUCAACUCAUCGGAAGAGGGUUGGGACUGGGAAGUAUGAUGGUGGUGA